GUGGUAAGCACAAUCAUAGGCAACGGUCCCCAAGGCCCAAUUGGGUUAUUAUUACUCCCCAUCUACUCUGCCCCCACAAGAGUGAAAGGAAGGCUUGUUGGGUAGUGAAAGGAAAGCUCAUCUUCUCCGUUGAGCCAAACACACAAGAAAACUCAGGCAGCUAUGGAGGAGGCUAUAGUUUUGUACCCAACGCCAGCCAUAGGCCACCUGAUCUCCAUGGUAGAGCUCGCCAAACUCAUACUCACCCACCACCCUUCACUCACCAUACACAUACUCAUUUCCCCCCAGCCUUACAACGCCGGUUCCACUGCUCCAUACAUAGCCGCUAUCUCUGCCACCACCCCCUCCAUCACCUUUCACAAUCUCUCCAACGUUCAUCUCCCUUCCAACUCCUCUCCCCACCAUGAAACACUUACCUUUGAGCUCCUCCGCCUCAACAACCCCAAUCUCCACCAAUCUCUCCUAUCCAUCUCCAAAACCUACAACAUCCACGCGCUCAUCAUGGACUCCUUCUGCUCUCACGCUCUCUCUGUUGCAGUCAACCUCAACAUCCCUGGCUACUACUUUUACACUUCCGGCGCCAGUAUUCUCGCUUACAUCCUAUAUCUCCUCACUAUGCACAGGACCACAACCAAAAGCUUCAAAGACCUUAACACCCUUCUUGACAUUCCUGGCUUACCACCCAUAUCAACCUCGGAUACGCCAAAACCAUUACUUGACCGCAAUGAAAAGAUCUAUGAGAACAUUUUGGACUGCUCAGUCAGCAUGAUUAAAUCAGCCGGAAUAAUUGUCAACACUUUUGAAUCCUUGGAGCCAAGAGUUAUCAAAGCAAUAUCAGAUGGGCUGUGCGUCCCAGAAGGUCCCACGCCACCUAUUUAUUGCCUAGGACCGUUGAUAGCACCUGGUAGUAACAAAAGAAGUGGCGGCGAAGAGGCCGUGCCGGAGUGCUUAAGGUGGCUUGACUUGCAACCUAGUGGAAGCGUAGUCUUUUUAUGUUUUGGAAGCUUGGGGGUGUUCUCUAUGGAACAGUUGAAGGAGAUAGCUAUUGGAUUGGAAAGAAGUGGCUUGAGAUUCUUGUGGGUGGUGCGGAAUCCACCCACUCAGGAACAUAGCUCGGCCGUUAUAGCCCAUCCUGAACCGGACUUGGAUCUGUUGCUUCCUUUGGGUUUCUUGGACCGGACAAAGGAGAGGGGCCUGGUACUGAAGUCUUGGGCCCCACAAGUGGCCGUGUUGAACCACAACUCAGUUGGUGGGUUUGUGACUCAUUGUGGUUGGAACUCGGUAUUGGAAGCGGUGUGCGCGGGCGUGCCGAUGGUGGCUUGGCCGCUCUAUGCUGAGCAGAAGUUAAAUCGGGUGAUAUUGGUGGAAGAAAUAAGAAUUGCUUUGCCAAUGAACGAGUCCGAGAAUGGGUUUGUGAGUGCAACAGAAGUGGAGAAGCGACUUAGAGAGUUGAUGGACUCGGAGGAAGGUAACUCGAUCAGGGUGAGGACCUCGUGUGUCCAAAAUGAUGCGAAGGCUGCAGUCAAAGAGGGUGGAUCUUCUCGUGUGGCAUUAGCCAAACUCGUUGAGUCGUGGAAGCCGUGUUGAGUCGGGUGGACAACAUUAUUGGCUCACAUUCACGUGGUACAUGUUUACUUUAUUGGCCCACUUUGAUGAAUUAGAGUUAUAAUUAAAUAAGAAAAAUGUCUUCUUUCUAUCUAUAAAGAUACACAACUUUCAUAA